AAAACGUUCGUUGCAUCCAAAACGCUGUCGUUUUUAAAGUGUUUAGUGUUGCCGUGUAGGUGUGGCGUUGGAACCAAGCGUAUACAACAAAGUCUUGAAGCAGAGAAAGAAAAAAGAAAGACGAGAGGCACACAAAAAGAGAUACAAAACCAAAACUUUCAAGCAAAGCAAUUCAAUUUCAAUCAAAAACCAAAUCGAAGAUCUUUGAAAGUUUCCUUUUUUUCCGAAAUCUGAGCUUGGGUAUUGUUGGAUAAGCUUCUCGGAGAUUGAGAUUGAGGAUUUUGAUAGGUGAGGAGAUUGAAAGAUUUGGAUUUUUGGGCGGCAAAAAUGGUGAUGCAGACGGAAGCUAGGGUUGGUGUGAGCUCAGGACAUGGCGUAGCUUCGUCUUCUCAUCGUUUAACGCAGGACCAGAGAUCACAUAUCGAAUCGGCGUCGCAGCUCUUAGCCGGAGGACUCGCUGGUGCUUUUAGCAAGACUUGUACUGCUCCUCUAUCUCGUCUCACCAUUCUCUUCCAGGUGCAAGGUAUGCACACAAAUGCUGCAGCUUUAAGAAAGCCAAGCAUAUUACACGAGGCUUCACGGAUAUUGAAUGAAGAAGGAUUGAAAGCUUUUUGGAAAGGGAAUCUAGUUACUAUUGCUCACCGGCUUCCAUAUUCUUCUGUUAAUUUCUACGCAUAUGAACACUACAAGAAGUUCAUGUAUAUGGUUACUGGGAUGGAAAAUCACAAGGAGGGUAUAAGUUCAAACCUUUUUGUACAUUUUGUAGCCGGUGGUUUGGCUGGAAUCACAGCUGCUUCUGCCACUUAUCCACUUGAUCUUGUUAGAACUCGUCUUGCUGCUCAGACAAAAGUAAUCUACUACUCGGGUAUCUGGCAUACUCUGCGCUCUAUUACAACCGAUGAAGGUAUCUUGGGCCUCUACAAGGGACUAGGAACAACGCUUGUGGGUGUUGGGCCUAGUAUUGCCAUUAGCUUUUCUGUGUAUGAAUCAUUGAGAUCUUAUUGGAGGUCAACUAGGCCCCAUGAUUCCCCUAUCAUGGUCAGUCUAGCUUGUGGAAGUCUUUCAGGAAUAGCAUCUUCAACAGGUAAGUUAUCUUAGCUAUUCGUUGGCCUUUUGCUUUCUUGUUUGCCAUGAGACUCACUGUUUGACUGUAAUUUGUCAUUCUAUGCCUUGCUCAUAAACACUGAUUGACUUAGCAUGAGCAUCAAUCAGUUUCGUAUUGCUGACAAGCAUCACAUCAAUAGUCUCAAACUCAAAAUUCUCUGUACUAUGCUUUCAAUUCACAAUAGCUGAACAUGGUGCAUUCUAAGUUCCACUUUUGCUACAGAAUGAUAAAUCUGUUGCUCCUUCUCAUAUGUAUGCUUCUGUCUUUAGCAAAUAGAUAUGAUUACCAUGAUCUUUUCUAGUUGAUUUUUCUCUGCAAGCAUUUAACACAGUCUAAUGUGAGGAAUUUACUUCUAUAAAGGUAGUUACUCAUAUAGUGUCUCAUUUACUUAAUCAAACACAAACAAUGUUUACCUAUAUCACUCCAUUUGUGGAUAAUAUCUCUUUUGGCCCUUAUAUGAGUUUCACGUCGGGUCUUAUUGUUCACGGCUGGUCUCAUGCUGCAUUCAUAGGCAAGUAGAACCACUUCAUAGCAUUGAUGCAUUGGUCAAAUUUCAUAUAAUGUCAUAUCUAAUGUGAGAAAAACAAAACUGCAGCUACGUUUCCAUUGGAUCUGGUGAGAAGAAGGAAGCAGCUGGAAGGAAUAGGCGGGCGAGCGGUAGUGUACAAGACAGGUUUGUUAGGCACAUUAAAGCGUAUUGUUCAAACGGAAGGAGCGAGAGGCCUGUACAGAGGAAUUCUUCCAGAGUACUACAAAGUGGUACCUGGUGUAGGGAUUUGCUUCAUGACCUACGAGACACUCAAGCUUUACUUCAAGGAUCUUUCUUCGAAUCUAUAACGGUUUAAAAGGUUGGUAGAUUUGUUUAGGUCUAUUUUUGGUGAGAGGAAAAAAACUGUAAAAACCAAACAGCGGAAAAUGAUAAUGUAUACGAAAUGUAGAAUUAUAUAUGUAGUUGUUGGAUGUAGCUUAUACGAGAUUAACAUUUGUAUUGGUACAAUCCUUUUCCAUUGUUACAUGGCUUAUACGAAAUGUAGAAUCAUUAUGUAUAUGUAGUGUUGGUUAAUACGUAUAUCAAUUGAGGGCCC